AUGCACAGGCAGAGUGUGAAGGUCCUCCAGGAUGCUGCCGGUGCAGGACGCGGCCCGUGGCGUCCGGCCCAGAGCCUCGACCCCUCCGCCGGCCUGCAGGAGCCUGAAGGCCUCAUUAUCUCCAACGGUAAAAGGAUCACUGCCCCGCUCUUCCUGGAGCCCGAGGCCAGGCGGGAUCUGUGCGGGAGACUCAGCAGCAUGCGGCGCGACUCACUUUUCAGGCUCUGUGUGCUGGGGGCCCUGGUGGCGGCCGCGGCCUCCGUGACCAAGCCCGCCAAGAGGAAGGCGGCAGGUCGGAGGUCCCGGCAGGUGUUUGAGGCGGAACCAGUGGAGGGGGUGUGGUCCGUCUGGGGCGACUGGUCCGAAUGCACUCAGACGUGUGGCGUCGGCGUCUCGCAGAGGAGCCGGAAGUGUUUACCCCCUCCUCCCCCGCAGGCCCCUCCCUACUCCUCCCCUCCCAACUGGGCGGGUUACCUGCCCGGCAUCGGGGGUCCGGUUAUCUCACCCAUCAGCCCUUACUACCCUCAGCGUUACCCCGGGCAACAUUCCCCUUACCACUCCCCUUCAAUCUCCAGUAAUCACAAUCCAGGACUGUCUGUGUUUCGGAGUACGCCUGCCGGAGGAGGCGAAGAGGGCGGAGGAAGAGGAGGCGGGCCUCCCGUACCAGGACAGGCCAAUCGGCUGCCCAGUUUUUACCAUCCGGACCGCUCCCCGUCCGGUCAGGAUCACGCCUCUGUGUUCCGAUCUCCCUACCACGCGCCGUCGCAGGGCUACAGCCAGCCGGCCCGCGUGGUCCGGAGGCCGACCGUACCGGGAGCCGUGAGACCGGGAGGAGGCGGGAGCAGGAGGUCGGUGUCCUCCGGCCGGGACGCCGUGCCCGUCAGGAGGUCCUCCAGCAUUCGUCCAGGUCAGUUCGGGUACGGCAGGGUCCCCUUCUCCGUUCCUCUGCACCGUCAGAACCGGCAGGCUCGCCACACGGCCAACGGGACGAACGACGACGCAGCUUCCGACGACGCCAGAGACGAAGAGGAGAAACGAGAGGAGGAAGCAGUUCUGCUGGAGCAGGAGAGCACCCAUCAACCGGCUGCUGAGGAGGUCCCCACCACCACCGCCGCGACUGGAAACCCGGUCCGACACGCCGGCAGACCCCCGCAGCCCCGCGCCGAGCCGGGCAGGAGCAGGGAGCGAGCCCCACCCUAUCACUCCUCGCGCUCCUCCAUCCCGCCCGUCCAGAGCGGCCCCCGGUUCGACUGGCACUCCGUCACGGCUCCCCCUCCUCCCGUCCCCCCCCUCUCGCGCCCGCACUCCCCCGCAUCAGCUCGCCUUUCUCCCUCCUCUCCACCGCCCCGGCCCCCGCACAGGGACAGGGAACACCACCCGGGCUUCGGCCCCCAGGCCCCGCUGGCGGGCGGCGUCUACCCUCUACGCCACCCGCACCUCCCCCACCUAGAGGUGGAGCCGGGCAGGGACGGACCCAGAGGAGCUCCUCAGGUGUACCGAUGCGACGGGCCUGAGAAGGAGUACCGCAGGUGUUUCUCACAGGUGUGCGGAGGAGGCGUCGACUCCAGGGCCGAGCAGUGCGCGGCCUUCAACACCCAGGAGUUCAUGGGUCGGCUCUACAACUGGGAGCCCUUCACCGAGGUCGGCGCGGACAAGCAGUGCGAGCUCACCUGCAGACCUGCCGGCUAUCGCUUCUACGUCCGCCAGGCAGAGCGCGUCAGGGACGGCACCCCCUGCUUCAACGUCAGCGCCAACGACGUGUGCGUGGAGGGACGGUGUCUGACUGAGGGCUGCGACGGGGUGCUGGGCUCCGGCUCCGUGAUUGACAAGUGUGGAGUGUGUGGCGGGCGUGAAACCUCCUGUCGGAAGGUGACGGGAAGUUUCCAGAAUGUCACGGUUCCUCUUGGUUACCACAAGAUCCUGGAUAUCCCGCCCGGCGCCACGUUCAUUAACAUCACGGAGAGGCGCGCAAGCUCCAACUACCUGGCUAUGAGAAGUGGCACGGGGGUUUCGGUGGUGAACGGGCGCUGGGCUGUGGACCCUCCGGGGGAGUACCCGGCAGGAGGGACCACCUUCACCUACGCCCGACCCAGAGCGCAGGUGGAGGGCGAGGAGGAGCGGGGCGAGUCCCUCAAGGCUCCGGGGCCGACCACGGCACAGCUCCAGCUGUAUAUCAUUUUCCACAAGGAGAACCCGGGCAUCGACUACGUUUACAUCCCCGUAGAGAAGGAGGCCGAGAAGGAGAGAGUGCCGGAGCUGGAGAGGGAGGCGCUCAGAGAAACACCCAGAGAGAGGCUGAGAGAGCGAGAACCAGCCAGGGCACCCCUCCGCAGUCCCCUCACUGUGUCCAUAGAGAACCCCCCUCCGGCUCCUCCGCCUGUCUCCAUCCCGUCUUUCCCCUCCACCUCCGUGUUUUCACCCCCCUCCUCAGACAGGUGGACACCGGAGAGGUUGCGCCCUCGGGGAUCUGCCCCCAACAGGAACGCUCGGAUUCCGCCUCGCACUGACCUGCCGCUGGACACCGACCCGCCGUUUGUGUGGCGGCGAGGCGGGCUGACGGAGUGCUCCGCUUCCUGUGGCAAAGGAUCGCAGCACAGAGUCAUUCUGUGCAUCAGCCGACACACGGACGAAGAAGUUCCGGACAGGAAAUGCGAUUCUGCAGCCAAACCUGUUCCCGAGGAGGAGCCUUGUAACACACAUCCCUGCCCACCGUUCUGGGAGGCCAGCGCCUGGUCGGAGUGCAGCGUCUCCUGCGGCUCCGGUGUGCAGCAGAGGCAGCUCCAGUGCAGGCAGAGCUUCGGAGACCGCUCCACCAUGGUCCAUCCCCAGCGCUGCGCCGGCCUCACGCCGCCGGAGUCGGUGCAGAGCUGCCAGCUCCGCCUCUGCUCCCACUGGGAGGUCAGCUCCGACUGGAGCACGUGCUCAGUGGACUGCGGCAUCGGCAGGAGGACACGAGGCGUCCGCUGUGUCAGUGAUCAGGGCAGCAUCGUCAACGACGUGGAGUGCAACUCCAGGCUCCGCCCACAAGGGACCGAGGAGUGCAACAUGGGCCCCUGUGUGACCAACUGGUACUUCACCGCCUGGUCCGACACCUGUUUGGCACAGUGUGGCCCCGGGGUGCAGAGGAGAGAAGUGGUGUGUCUCACCAGGGGAGGCGUCAGAGAGGGGGGAGGAGGAGGGGACUGUGUCGGGGAAAAACCGGCCGAGAUGAAGGCGUGCAAUGGAGGACCCUGCGUGGCGACAACCACGUGGUACAGCAGCCCCUGGACGCAGUGUAAUGUCCCAUGUGGGAACGGGACGCAGCGGCGAGACAUCAUCUGUGUCCAAAAGAUGGCGGCGGACUUCACCGUGGUUCCAGCUUCUGAGUGUGCUCAUCUGGACAAGCCUUCCGCUGUGCAGGAGUGCGAGAUGGGCGAGUGUAGGCCACAGUGGUUCACAACAGAGUGGAGCGCGUGCUCGCAGUCCUGUGGGAAGGGCUUACAGAUGCGGGAGGUCCGCUGUCUCACACAGGAUAAAAAGCACAGCUUUGACUGUGACCCCAGCAACAAACCUGAACAGGAGCAAAUUUGCAACAUCAUACCCUGCAGCCCGCGGGUCCCAGACGAAAACUGCCGGGACAGACGUCACAACUGCAUGAUGGUGGUGCAGGCCAGGCUGUGCGUCUACUCCUAUUACAAGACUGCCUGCUGUGCCUCCUGUGCCCAGAGUGCCCAGCGGGCCAAGAGGCACUGACCGGCCAACCGCAGACGGCCGUGGUUAACAAGCAGCCGGUGGCCAGGUCGAACGGGGCCUGCAACCCCUGAAAUGACGCGUCAGUAGAAACGAAGAGCCAGAGUAGACAUGUGAUGGCAUUCAAAUAACAUUUAGCCACGUUCCCCUGAAUCUUCAGGUUAAACACUGUGAGAGCAGCCAGUUACCUUUCCCAGUAAGUACUCUGUGUACAGUUAUGGUUCCUCAGAUACAUAGCUUCCACCGAGCCUGCUUCAGUUUACAGCGUGCGUCAGCUUUAGCCGUUCCUAAUGUGUCACACAGGGCUCGAUGGGCAUUUACUGUCAUUUCCUCUCAUUUCGGUGACUGAUAGGUUAUAAUGAAAGGUGCUCACUGAGAACACUGCUGUGUUUCCGCAGCAGAUUUAGCGUUUGUUAGGAUUCCUCCUCAUUUAGAGGAUCUUAAAGCAGUUGUAGUCAGACAUACAUACCACUAAUUAUGCUCGAAAAAUGAUUCCCAUGAGUGCCAGAUAAGCUGUGUAUACUAUAGUGAUAUGUCUGCGGGAAUAGAUCUAUACAUAAGUCCCCUACUGAAACGUAGUGGCUUCCCCCCGGCCAAGAUAGAAGGAUUUUAUUUACGUAUUGUUUGUCUUUUAUUUGUUUGCCAAAUAUAUUUCCUUCGUGUCAUUUUGCUGUUCAGUAUUUGGGCAGGAAAACCAAAGGAGUGGGGGUGACCACGGCAGUAAGUGACCAAAUAUAAGUAGACACAAGGAAAGAGAUGUGACUUUUAACCCCCCAAAAAUAUGGUUUUUAAGCAGCACACAUUUUGGACAGUUAAUACUCCAUUGGUUUUACAUUGAGGCAUUUUUUUUAAACUUCUAACACUCCUAUUUUCACUGAAAAAAAAUGUUUUUCAAUGAGUUUUAAGAGCAGAAGAAACUGUUGUUCUCAAGUUUUGACAACAGAAAAUAUAAGAAAGUACUAUUUUACUGUGUUUUCACUGUCAAUACAAAGUGUCUUAAAAUGCUAUGCGAGAGCUUAUAAAGGAAAACUCCGGGGGGUCAGGGCUAUGCCUUUUUCCCAGUAUGAUUUUUUUUCUUAUUUUUUAAUUAGUGAUUAAAAAAAUUCUCACAAAAAUUAAUACAGUAUGAUUUUGCUCCAACGCACAUUUUUAAAACCGAAUUUAUUGUAAGUGUCAUAGAGAUUAUAUGAAUCAUCAAAUAAUCCUCAGUAUUAAACCUUAUGUGUAACAGCUAAAACACCAGGUUGUAUGUUAAUAUUUACCAAAUAUUACAAAUUUGAAGCAUCCAACUGGAGAUUAAUGCUUUUUUUUUUUUUUUUGCCUUGGGAGCUCUACAGCCAUUUAUAGUAAUAGCGUAUUAUGCAAAAAGCAUGAACAAAA